GGUGCUAAGUGCCUAUAGGAUGUAUACAUACAUGAAUAUACUGGAAAAUUACCUCUGUAGCUAUCCACAUCCUUACCUCUGUAUAUUCUCAUCAGUCAUUUCAUAAAAUUAGUGAGAUGAGUGGAAUAGUAGACAGCCGAUGAUUUGGGAAGAUACCAAGUACCUUUACAACAGCUUAAGUUAUUCCAGUGGAUUUCCAGGGAAAGGAGUGCUGUUUGUCCUUGGACUAGAUUUACCUGUGUGAGAUACAGAUCUUCAAAGUCUUGUUGUGUGUUACAGAUUCUAAUGGCGGAUUAGACACUUUGGAAUGUAAAAGGAAGAUUUUCAAAAAUGAUUUUACAGCAUGUGCAAUAUAUUGAAAUAUUGUGUACCUGUGUUAGGUAUUUAGUAAAUAGAUGUGUGAGAUAACCCUGAUGUGAUGUACAAUCAAUAUGUAUCUAUAUUAUCUUCAUUGCCUGAAGAUACCCAGUACACGACUCGAAAAUAUUAGUGAUAAUUAGUUUUAUUUGCUGCAUUGAUUCUUAAAUGUUUACAUAUAUAUGUAUAUCUAUGUACAUAUGUACUUCGAAGUGUGUAUAAGUUGACAAAUGAUCAAUUCAAUUAAUAACUGACAUACACUUCUUAGAUGUUCCACAUGGAACUCUGGUUAUGUAGAUCAUAAGAUAGCCAUUACAGUGUACAAUGUACUGAUGGAUGUGUGUUUGUGACUUACAGUGAGAUAUGUAUUGUGUAGAAAUACAAGACUGGCCUGAAUAGACAUCAAAGUAAACAAGUAAUUUGAUUAAGUAAUCUUGAUUAUUCCUGGAGUUUGACAUCAACAUGUACAGGUUGAUCAGGGGAUGGUUAAAAUGGAGCAGUCUUAAUGAUGGGAACAUGGAAGAUAAUGGACAGCAGAUUACUGAAAGGCCAUCAUGGAUCUCAUGGAAAAUAGACACUACACAUUGAUAAUUUGGCCAACUGGUUGAAAAUGGAUACACUUGCUCCUCAGUCAGUAUUAGAUAGUAGAAACACUGAACGCCCCCCCGUCUCGUGGCGGGUAACUCCUGACCGUCUCACCAGAGCUGCAAGUCCAGGCCGCUUGACAAAGCGUCCGUCAAAUGAGGACCUAGAAGAAGUUUUAUUAUCAAGAAUUGAUCAACCCUAUCGGACAAGUUUCAGUGCUGUAACAACUCCAAUCAAAAGUAAACGACAGAGAAGUCGAUCAACUAGUCCAGGUGCUUCUAGUAUGAAAUCAGAGAAAUCGUCUAAGUCAAAUAGAGGUGCAAAACAUGUGACAUACAAUGCUAAUGUGACUGUCAGACAUUCAGACUCUUUUGAAAAUCAGGAUUUUUUACAAAGUAGGGUAGAAUUUGUGGGAAGUGAUCAAGAAGUUUCAGAGAAAAAAUCAUAUUCAGACAAUAUGGCUGAUUCUUCUCCUACACAGAAUGAGCAAGACAGAAAUGUAAUGCUGAAAAAGGAAGGAAAUAAAGAGGAUUAUUCCUCUCAAAUACAUGAAGUGACUCAGAUGAUUGUAAAUGAAUAUUCUAAAGACAUGCCAAAAAGUGAGAAUGAAGCGAAUACCACCUCCACUCCAGCACCAAAGGUGUAUCGUACUAAACCCCCUCUCCCAGGGAAGGGCAGGGGACGUGGUACGCCAAAUGGAAGGCCUCCUCUCCAUCCCUCAGAUGUUGGACCUCGAAAUAUAGUAGCAUGGGAAUAUGAACAUGACCGUACAGUAAAUUACAGGAAAGCAAUGUCAAAUCACUACACAGAAGACAAAAAAUUUGCAAUAGAACCUCACAGGAUCCCGCAAGGAGACAAAGCAGAUCAUUCUACUAGGUCUAAUAAGGAUCAUCCUGUUGGUCAUGAGCAAAGAAUGAACCAUCCCGCCGACAUACAACCUAGAAUGGAACGAUCCAGCUCCAUGCCAUUACAACCAAAGGAGGAAACAAAUCGCCUCUCUCCCCCAAAGAAGACUGUAAGUGGCAGCAUAGGAAACUUCUUCCGUAGACUGUCCCCGAGACUUGGUAGGAAAAGUAAAAAAGAUCGCAGUAAUGAAUCCAUGUCAACAUUGUCAGAUAGUGGACAUGGGGGCUGUGCAUCAGAUGAAAAUUUGUCAAGAAGCAAAUUCAGACAGUCUUUUAAGAAAUUUCUUGGCCGUGGUUCACCAAAAUCGAAAGGCAAAUCGUAUCGUAAAGAUGGAUCCACUUCUUCACUUUCAAAGUCGGAAGUAGAAUCAUUAGACCAUGAACCGAGAUCACGACAUAUUCCUUCAUCAUCCAAUAGAAUGAUGGAGUCAAUUAAACAGAACUCUGACAGGGAUAGAGAUGUAUAUCAAAAAUUUAAAGAAAAGCAAUCUCCAAAUCGUCCAAUAGAUGCACGGUUGCAGCACAAGCAGCAGCCUGUACGGGUUUCAGGGGAGGAUACUCCCAACCCCUCACAGCAAACUGGCACUGGUGAUUACAACCAUUCACCAUCUUCUCCAGACUGUCAGCUGACAGCUAUUCCUGAUAUUGUGAUGGAUGUGACCCAUGCUGCCCCAAGGUCUACCAACAACAUGGCAACCUCUGAUCUUUCACCUUCCACUGACCCUGAACUGAAAGCCUGUCAGGAAAAAAUAGAAGGCAACAUCUCACUCGGUGUAGAUCUUACAGUGAGUGAACCAUCACUUAGUACGACUGAUGCAGUCGAUGGCCACAUAGGACACCAUGGAGAUAAUCUCUUGACCUUGACCUCAGAAAGACCCCUAAGUCCGCUAGCAGCCAGCACGCCAGCAAUUCCUGCAGUAAAGUCGGGACGGCGCACACAGAGCGAGCCAACACACGACAAUGGACUUAACAUCAGCAGCAUGCCGAAGCUUGCAGACAGUGGUGAUCUCCCCUUACAGGAGUGUACUAAAUCACCUUCAUAUUUAAAACUGAGUUGUGCAGUGAGUGGAUACGGUAAAUACAGUCAAUACUCAUCCUACCGCGACAUUGAGAAACGGUCCCCAUAUUCUAGCGUGUCCUCGUCACGGUCAGACUUGCUGUCGCCUGACACAAUGCCUGUGACAAAAGUUACUUCCCCUGAUGGGCGAAGGACUAGUAGUGAGCGUGGAUAUGAAUUUGGAUUAAUUUCACCACAACCUCUGUCUGUGACAUCAUCACUUGGUAGCCAUGGUGACCUACCUAACGGAGAGGAUUUGUGUAAUGGGGUGUCAAACGGGGAUUGCAAUGGAAUGGAAAAUGGACAUGGUUUAUCAAAUGAGAAUUAUCCAACUGGAGACCCCAAACUGGAUGGGGCAUAUUUCCUGCGAUUGACAGAAUUGGAAAAGAACAGUCUUUCAUCCCACUGUGCACAUGUGGAGGUGGAUCUGCAAUGUGAUGAGGUUCCAGAGGAAGUAAGAGGCAAGAUCCGGGCAGCCAUAGGGAAAGCUAACCUGCUUGUUGACCAGAAAUGUAAACAGUUCCAGGAACUUUGUAGUGAACACAUAGAGCCAUCUGCAGAUAGGAAACUUCUAAAAGUGGAGGACCUCCAGGGAUUCUGGGAUAUGAUAAAACUCCAAAUUGACAGUGUGUACCGGAUGUUUGCUGAAAUUGAAUUAUCAAGACAAAAUGGCUGGAAGGAGCUGAAUGCCCAUUCACAGAAUAGCUCGGUCAACUCAAGUCCAAAGUCUGGAAGUCUGUCCCUGAGCAAUGCUAGCACCCCUUCUGGUACCCCAGGUUCACGUAGACGUGCAAUGAAGGUGAAGGAUACCCCAGAGUCCUCUCCAGAAAGGACAGAGAAGAUGAGAGCAGCAGCACGGGCUAGAGAAGAGGCAAGGAAACGAAUGCUUGCAGAAAAACGUGCUGCCAUGCGACAAAAACAGCAACAGAAAGAGGUGGAGAUAUUUGUGGCAACUGAUAGUUCAAAUUGAAGUUGUUUGUGUGAAUGAGAGUACAGAGAAGAGGUGAAAAUGGGUGAUCUGCGCCUGCCAUCUUGACCUCACAUUUCAGAACCAAUAUUUUUUUUAGAACUGAUAUUUUUUUCGACUGGAGAUGGAGAGAAACACAAUCACAUUUGAAUGCAUGACAAACAAGUUCAUGAAACAUCAUUAACAUAUUUUAUUGAAAGUGAAUGGUUCUUGUUUGACACAAGUUGUUAACAAGAUGGACAUUUGGAUGUUAAAAGAAUGGGAAGAGAAAGUUCUUGACCUGAAACACCAUAAAGAUGUGAUUAUCAUACCACUUUGUGAUGAAUCCCAAGAGUAUGUUGGAGAGUCAAACUCUCUAUUUAAGUUUUGAGCUAAAAUGGAAAGCACUUGCUUACACAUUUCAUGCCACAUGGUGUGGAAUUUAGUGGCAAUCAGAAAUUGAUAAGGAUUUAUCAUUCGUCAUCAUGGUAAGAUAAACACGUGGAAUAUAGAUCUUUGGUCAGAGUUUUUAUAUUUACUGUGACCACAAUGAAAUGUGUUGACACAAACCAUAUUCUUACUUUUGGAUGUAACUGCUGGAAAGCUUACCAGAGUGUGGUGUUUAUCAUUCUUUUGUUGUGUUCUGACAGCUGUCAGUAACGAGGCCCACCUGGCCAAAGUCAAGGAAAGACAUGUUCAACAAUUUUCCUAUUUAAUGAAGGAGAGUUUAAGUAAAAGAACUAACACAUGUCCAGCCAAACGUUUGAGGUAUGGAACAGUUCAAUCUGUCUUGAUUGUGUAUAGUAAUGAUGUGGUUCUGAUGAACACUAAUACCCAUAUGGGUAGACGAUUAACAAGAUGUAAACAUGUGACAAUCUUACCUGUGCAGGUGUAGGACAAGUUUUCUUCAAGACAGACUUACCUGUGCAGGUGAAUGACAAGCUUUCUUCAAGACAGACUUACCUGUGCAGGUGUAGGACAAGUUUUCUUCAAGACAGAUUUACCUGUGCAGGUGUAGGACAAGUUUUCUUCAAGACAGAUUUACCUGUGCAGGUGUAGGACAAGUUUUCUUCAAGACAGAUUUACCUGUGCAGGUGAAGGACAUGUUUUCCUCAAGAUAACAGAGUUUCUUGUCAUGCUUGUCACUGAUGUUCUGAUACUCUCCAAGAGGUCUAGCUACUUAAGGGUGAUUAGUGAAGUAUUAUUAUGGUCCUAGUCUCAGAGAUUGAUUUCUGUAUAAACCCUGACUCUGAAUGGGGUCUAUAUCUGGUUCACAUGUGGUUAGACGAUAGGUGAUGUCUGUGAGCUCUUUAUGAUGUUUGUGAAACUGGACCAAUUCAUUUGAUAAUGAACAGACAAAUCCUAAUGACCAGGGACCACAUGUACUGGUAACCAGGAACCACACCAGGUGAUAUGCUGUACCCAUAUGUGGUGCUAUCCUGGAGUGUCUGCAAAAUUUUGCCUUAAUUUGACCAAGACAUGACAUGGAUGUAACAUUUCAUCAAUUCCAUUUAUGCAGGAAUUUUUGUUUUGUUCAGUGUUGCUAAGUUUUUGUUUGGUAAAUUUCCAUGUUAAAGACUCCAGAAGUUGUCUUGCGCUUACAUGUCCAUUUCAUAUUUCGCAUGCCAGUAUUUUGCUUUGUUUGAUAUCAUUAUGAUGAUGAUAGAAACAAUUUUUCGUGUGUUUGUUUUGUAAAUGGACUGAUGUUGUUUCGCACUGUUAUACCCGAUGUCUCAUUCUCCAGGUAAUUGUGAUAUUCUCAUGGCCAUUGCUUCAUCUAGCUUCAUUGUGGUAUUUUAUAAUUGAACAAACCAUUCAUUAUAUCUUUGACUAAUUUAUUUGUGUGUUCUUUGUAUACAAGUAUUGUAACCUGUAUUUGACACAGCUGGUGUGUUUAGCAGAUCAGCAGUUUAUUAACUGGUUAUUAUCAGUAUUUAAAUUUCUUCUUUUAAGUCCAAUUGAAAAGUAGAUUUAAAAGACUUUUUUUUUUGGACCAAUAAACUAUUGUUACUUUCUUCCCCCCUUUUUUUUAAAAUUUCUUUGUAUCUCUAAAAAAACACAUGGAUAUGUGAUACAGAUGUAGUUAUUAAUCCAGUAAAGAAUGACUUUUAAUAUAAAAUCAAAUGUUACUGGGUUGUGCAAUAAGUUUACAUUCAUACAAAACCAAACAAUAAUUAUGGAUAUGUUUAAUUAAUCUGAAAUGGAAUUUAGAUCUAAAAUUAAUCAAAUCAUUAAAUCAAAAAACCUUCUACACCACUAUAAGCUUGAAAAAUAUACUUAUAUAUAUAAUGAAUGGAGAAAGAAGAAUGUUUGCCAUAAUUAAGUAAAUAUAACAUUAAUUAGACUUUCGUAGAACUUAUCAAGGGACAUAACCCAACAAUUCUUGAAUAUUUAAGAGUAGUUACCCUAAAUCAUUACCCUUCUGAUGUGAUUGUGGAAGGGUAUAUGAUAUUGACUGAGAGAGACAGGGUAUUGUGGAAAAUCCGCAUUCAUUGAGUCCUUCAACUUCUAUUUCCAUAGAAAUGAAUUAAGAAGGUCAGACAGUGAAUUGUCUCAAAAUGCCAAAAUAUGAAAAUCCGUUUCACACUUUAUAGGUGCUCCUCAAGAAAUACGCUUCUUGAAGGAUGCCAUGAUUUACCUGGAUUUAUAAUAUUAUAACUUAAUAUUCUAGACUUCGUAUUUGUUUCGCAUUAUAAUGAUACAAGUCUGAAUACAUGUAUCGUAAAUUAAAGAUAUACCUGUAUUUAUCCUGUGGUAAGCCCAAGGGGCCAAUACAUUAUUACCUCUUUCUCAAACUGAGGAGGACUUAUAACAGGACAGUAAAAUACCAUUAUUGGUAGUUCUUCUGACCAGCAUUAAAUAGGAGUGAGCUUAUUACCAAGCAUAAGGCUUACUGCCCGAUGAUAUAAUUAUUAUUAUGCAUUGUACACUCUGAUUAAUUUUAACUUUAUAUAAGCAGUGUCUUUGUAUGAUACAAUUUUCCUCCUAUGUUGAAUAACUAAGCUUUCUGGUAUUUUUUUUUCUUUAGAUGAUAUAUUGAAUUAAGUGUAAUACAAUUUUCAACCUGAGCUUAUCAGCAAUGCUUGCAAGAUGUUUUUAACUGUGUACUGUUAAACAAUAAUUUGAGAAGAACUUUCUUACUUUAUGAUUUUAUUUACAAAACUUUGAACGGAUUCAGGCUUUCCUUUUUUCUCUUUCUCUAUGUAGGUUUGCGAACAUUUAAAGUUUGUUUUUAGUCUUGGUUUAUCACAUCACGCAUCUCAUCUCACUUGUUUCAAUCAAUUUUUGGUAUAUGUGUAAACAAACAAAAUUUACUAUAAUGCAUUACUAUAUUGUAAGUCAAAAGAGAAGCAAAAAAAAUGGUGCAUUUUUUUUUCUCUCAAUAUUAUGAACAUCUUGAUGUAAUAUAUGAAUCAUAAAAAAAGUUGAGCUCUAUUUUGUAAAAAAAAAAAAAAAAAAAACUUUUAAACAUAUGUCAUGUGAUGUGAUAUUGUUUUUUGUGUAAACAGUUUGUAACAGUACUUUUAUAAAAAUGUAAUUUUAUAUGUUGAAAAUCAGUAAGAAGGUAAAAGUAUCUAAAACAUUGCAAUCUGUAGAAAGUAAGAAUUAAAAAGUUACUUGUUAAAGACACAUUUUACAAAUUUAAAAUGUUCAACAUGGAAAUGUAAAUUCUUUGAUUCAAAAUGUCAACCAUCAGGUUAAGUGUUGCCAAAUUUCAUUAGUUUAUAAAUUGGUUAGAAAAAAGAUACACUAAAGUUAUUUAUAAAUUAAUCUGGAGUGUUGGAUUACUUUUUAUUCCGGCGUACCAUUUUACUAAGAUUUACAUAUUCAAGAAUGAGAACCUCCACUGUUUAUUUAUAUAAUUCAGACAAGGAUUUAUAUAUAUCCAAAGAUUUAACGUAUCUGUUGUAAGUCAGGAUUUUUUUACCUGAUACAUGUAGGAAGUUUUCAUAGACAUAUAUAAUGUAUAUAUAUGUUGGUGUUGUAGUGAAGGGACAUAACUCUUUCCACUAUACUUGUGAUAUGAAAGUCAUCUUAUCCAUUACAGAAAUCUUUUGUAUAGUUCAAGUUAUUGAAAGUCCACUACUAUGGCUCCUUAACAAUUUUUCAACGAAUUUCUUUGUUUGCAUGUAGUUUCAAUUUUUUGAAUUUCUCUACAUUGUAUUUUAAAGUUUCAAUUUUUCUUUUGUUAAAUUAAUCAUUCUUCAAAAAAACCCCAAUCUAUAGCUCUUAACUUUAAGAGAAAAACUUUUGGUAAACAAAGUGGUUGUUAAAUUGUAAAUCUGUUAAUGCCUUCGAUAUUGGUGACACAAUGCCAGGUACCUUAUAGUAAAUGUCAGGAGGCAGAAAAUCUGUAACCAACCAACCUACCAACCAAAUUGAUGUUUUUGUUCAAGCUACAAACAUUUUUAUACAUUGAUCUUUUAAAAGAUAAUUUGUUUUUCUAUUUCAAAGACUUUCUGGCUGUUGAACCUUAUACUAUACAUAUGAAAAUCUGAUUGUAAUGAUAGGACAUACUUGAGAAUUGGUAUUUAUACCUGGUUGUCUUAGAUGGAAUCACUUCAUUUUAUUUUUAGCUGGAAGAGGGUAACAUAACUAUAUAUACACAUAUAAAUAUAUAUCUUAUCAAUAUCCUUAAUUAACAAAAGGAUGUAUCAGUAGAACUUGUUUGGCUUUGCACUCCAUUGGAAUAAUUUCAAAUUUUAUAAACCAUACACACAUCAUUGUUUACAGAUAUGUUCUUAGCCAAAUUCUGUCAUACUUUGUUGUAAGGUUUUUUAUCUUCCUACUUGGAAAAUACUUGCCAAAGUCAUCUUGUCAAGACAACUUAUGAAAGGACAAUGAACCAGGUCCCUUGGGAUUUAUUACAACAAUUACUGAUUUUAUCUUAGAUGUUGCUGAUCCAUUUCCCUAUCUAAAGAAGGCAUGAUAUUACUAUGUGUUUAAAUUAUUAAUAGAAUUUUAAAUUAUCUAACAUCUUACAGUCUAUUCUAUUUAUAUUGAUACAUAUUUUAUAGCAAAAUUUGUGUCUUAAAAAUAGUAUUCUUUUAAUUUCAUCUCUUGAAGUUUUAGUAUAAUUAUGUCUAUGUCAAGACGUACCAAAUUUGUAGGAAAGACCCCAAUUAUCUAGAUAAUCAAAACAAUUGGUGUUUGUCAUAAGAGGUAGAAAUAUUUUGGGGAAGGAAAAAUUUGGAGUUAAAGCCUCUUUAUAACAUUGAUGAUUCCUUGUCAGUACAUAUACUAUUAAGUUAAAGGUACAAAACCUAAUGAAGCUACCGACAUGUCAAAUUAUAGGGUUUGAACAUGUAAACAAAAUCAUUUCAGCUCAACAUAUAGGGUUUGAACAUGUGAACAAAAUCAUUUCAGCUCAACAUAUAGGGUUUGAACAUGUGAACAAAAUCAUUUCAGCUCAACAUGAUAUUUGAAUCCUUGAUAAACAUCUAUUUAAAAAGAAAUAAUGUCAAUGUUUGUGUCUGCAAGGAAUUAUCAAGGUUAUGAAGUCUUGUUGGUCAAGGUUAAAUGGUAAAGUGACAUCUUUCCUUUUUCAUGCUCAAUACCAUAUACAGAAUCUCAUCCCCAUAUAUAUCUUCGUCAUUCUAUUUAUAAAUUCAUGUUAUUAUUGUUGUUGAUAUUUAAGCAUCAAAUCCAACAGCUCAUAUGGCUUAUAAUAAAGGAUUAAACGACA